AGACUGCAGCGCCGUGUGUCGCUGGUAGGGGAUGGAAAACACACCGAGGAGCCGAUAAUCACUCAGUCAACACGGCCGACAGGCACCAACUAUCCCAGGUUAACAUCUCGGAGGUGCUGCCAUAGUCAUGUGACGCUGAACAACAACAACAGCAGCUGGGCUACUGCUUUUCUUCAAACAUCCGGAUCAAACUGUGGUGGAGUGUGACCUCUUCUACCCGUGAGGAUCUGUCUGUGACAUGUCCAGGAGAAGCAGGAACAGCCGGGCAUGGAGAUACGUGUGGGGAGGGAUCCGGCGGGAUGCUGAUGCCCGGGCCCUCGUGUUGGCCUCAGAAACUGAGGAAUGGAACUAUGAUCGUCUAGAGUACAGUGAUUCAGACUCGGAGGCAGAAUUUUCAAGCGUGAUGAUACCUCCAAUCCCCAGUGCGGUGCCUGUUACAGGAGAGUCCUACUGCAGCUGCGAUUCCCAGGCAGAAACCAGCUACAACCCUCGUCUCCGAGGUUUUCACCAAGUUAAAGACUGCCACUGUGGAGAGGACGACCAAGAUUUUGAUUGGGUGUGGGAUGCCAGCAUUCGAUCAACAGCAACGGUACUGAGCUGCGACAAUCGCAAAGUGAACUUCCACUCUGAAUACAGUUGUGGUACAGCUGCUAUCCGUGGCUCGAAGGAGCUGUCUGAUGGACAGCAUUUCUGGGAAAUAAAGAUGACAUCUCCAGUGUAUGGAACAGACAUGAUGGUUGGUAUUGGAGCAUCAGAUGUAAAUCUGGACAAAUACAGGCACACGUUCUGCAGCCUGCUGGGCAAAGAUGCAGACAGCUGGGGUCUUUCUUACACAGGCUUGUUGCAUCAUAAAGGGGAAAAGAUGAACUUCUCCUCCCGUUUUGGUCAAGGAUCCAUCAUUGGAGUUCAUCUGGACACGUGGCACGGCACGCUUACUUUCUUCAAGAAUCGAAAGUGUAUAGGUGUUGCAGCCACAGAGCUACACAAUAAGAAGUUUUACCCGAUGGCCUGCUCCACAGCGGCCAAGAGCAGCAUGAAGGUGAUCAGGUCCUGCUCUGCACCCACCUCGCUGCUGUACCUCUGCUGCGCUCGUCUUCGCCACUUGGUACCAGACUGUAUAGACACUCUGGAUGUGUUGCCGCUCCCGCCGGGCCUGCGUCAGGUGCUCCACAACAAACUGGGUUGGGUGCUCAGUCUAAAUAGUGGCACCACAGAAGAAACCCAAGACGGGCCUAAACAGUCCUCAAAUUUGCAUGAUCCCGCUACAGCUGGACCGUCAUUCUCUGAAAGCGACUCGGAGGGUUGUACGUCUGACCCGGAAGCCUGUCAGAGGAAGCGAUGCCGCUGGAUGUGACUGGACAGAUUAGUCCUACCUCCUCGAAAGCACUGGCAGACAUAACUGUCACAUGGAAUCCAAUCUAGUGUUCUCCAUCUGUCUCAAGCUUUUCUUCCAACAUCAGUGUUAUUCUGUAGAAGAAAAAAAAAAUAACUGAGGCAGUGGUACGUUGCUGGAAGUCAGUUAAACUCAGUCUGCACAUUUUUACUGUGAUAUUUACUCAUGCCAUUCAUAUGUCUAUUUGUUCAUCCAAACAAGUUUAGUGAUUGAACAUUCAUGACGCUACUUUCUUUUAGUAACUAACAUAGUUCGUUGCUAUUUAUGUAUAAAGAUUAGUGACGUGCUGGAAUGUUAUGUACAGUGUAACACUGACUUCAAGUAAGGCCAAAUUUUUAUGGUAUAUUUCCAAAAGUAGAUCAAAGAAAAGUAGAAUUUUAUUUUUUUUCUGCCCUGUAUGCAAAAGGUGUUUGAUGUUCUGCAGCUAAAUGUCAUGGAUGCAUCACCGCAGUUGUCAACGUCUGUACCUUUCUCCUAGAUUGCCAAAGUCAAACUCAUUUGAAAAGGUUUGGUUUGCUUAUGAAGCGCUAUAAACUUUAACUGUCAAAAUUAUAAAUGUUACAAGCAGGUGAUGCACCUGGAUGCACUUUGCAGCUUUUAGUCCUCAACAGAUAAAAUGUUUCUUUUUGUCUGCAAUGGAUUAUGAAUAUUCAGUAAGAAAAACAUUGUAUGGUAAGAUUUUCUUUUCACGGCAACAUCUGUCUAUAGUUUAGGUGUUUUAAAAAAGUGUUAUAUAGAACUUUUUGAAAGGUGAUUUUUUUUUUUCUAUGCCAAUAGUUAUAAUGUUACAUCUUUUUCUACUGACAUGUUUAUGCAAUUAUUUUGUUUUUCUCAAAGCCUUGUUCCAUCAUCUCUAAUUCUAUUCAGUAUUCAUUUCUUCUUCAAAUCGUCUUUUCAGUGCUGUUGAUGAGCAGGUAAAGAAGGACCAAAACUGCGGUCUAACCCACUCCCCUAUACUCAGUGUUUUUAGCUCAUUUUUAAUUAUCAUGUCAAAAUAUGGUUGUACAGUUGCUAGAUAAAAGUUUGUGAACAACUUGGAAUUUUCAGCAUUUGUGAAAUAACAAAAAAUGUAGUCUGAACUUCAUCAAAGUAACAUUUCUCUUAACCUCUCACUAAUAAAUAAAGUAACCUCUGUAUUUCUGCCUGUUGUCGAUUUAAGAAUAUACUUAUGUCUAAACUUGUGUGACUUGACUGAAUGUGAUGGCCAGUGUUUCCCAAUCCUGGUCCUCAGGUUUGUUUCAGAUGUUUCAGAUGUCUCUGCAGCAUCACACCGGAUUCUAAUUAAUGGUUGUCAUCAGUUUGUCAUCGAGGGCUGAACAUCUCUGUUAAUGACAGUCAUAUGUACCAGGGUGCGCUGAAGCAGGGAUUCUCAAACAUGCUGGACAGCGAUAGUCAAGGACCAGGGUUGGGAAACACUGAUUUUGAAGGAAUUGACUUGGAAUCAGGUUAUUCUGAUCAACCAAAUAUCUCUUUGUGGUUUUAUUUGAAAAACACUUGUGUAAAAUACCAAAAUGGCCAAGCCACAUGAAUCUUUUGAUAUCUGUGAUAAAUGACUGUCGCUGCCAGUCAUUUAUCACAGACGAUGUUGCGGACAGGAAAGGUUCACUUGUAAAUGAUCGGAGGACAGAACAUAACUGUGUUGAUGUCGCCACAGAUCAAAUAUUGACUUUCUAAUGUAGUAAUUUAUAUUCCUGACCACCAAUCUUUACUUCCUGCAUGUAAAAUUGGGGU